AUGCUGUUCACUUCCGCUCCGCUGUGUUUCACUGGUGACUCGUUGCUGGAGUUUACGCUGAGCUGCGAAAGCGGCGCACGUAGUGGUCUCGCGCAUGCGCACUGGCGCGUGGGCCGCGGGCCCUUUUCACGCAACAACCUGAGGAAGGUACUGCAGCGGGCCGCGGGCUCGAACUCGGGUCUGCUGAGCAGAAGGAAGAGGAAUGUCAACAAUAACCCUCAGUUCCAGCCUCCCAUGUAUCAGGUGUCCAUUGCAGAGAAUCAGCCAGCCGGGACUUUUGUUGUUGUUUUAAAAGCGUUUGACCCGGAUGAGGGUGAAGCUGGUAGGCUGGAAUAUUUCUUAGAGGCUCUGUUUGAUAGUCGCUCCAACAAUCUCUUCACUGUCGACUCAUCAAGUGGAGUCGUUUCCACCGUGGAGAUACUAGACAGAGAAACUAAGGACACGCAUGUGUUCAGGGUCACGGCGGUUGAUCGUGGAACGCCUCGACGUACAGCAAUGGCCACUCUCACCGUAACAGUAAGCGAUACGAACGAUCACGACCCUGUUUUUGAGCAGCAGGAUUAUAAAGAGAGCGUACGUGAGAAUCUGGAGAUUGGUUACGAGGUUCUAACUGUGCGUGCCACGGAUGGCGACGCUCCCGUUAACGGAAACAUUCUUUAUCAUUUGCUGAACAACAACAAUGGCACUAACGAUGUUUUCGAGAUCGAUUCUCGGUCUGGCGUUAUUCGCACGCGAGGACUGGUUGACCGCGAAAUGGUCGAUUCCUAUGUGCUUCUAGUGGAAGCCAACGACCAGGGACGGGAUCCGGGCCCCCGAAGUGCAACGGCGAGCGUACACAUCAUCGUGGAGGACGAUAACGACAACGCGACCCGCAGUUCAGCGAGACGCUACAUCGUCCAGGUUCCCGAAGACUUGACGCCCAACACCGAAAUCCUGCAGGUGACGGCGACAGAUCAAGACCGCGGGAACAACGCCGUGGUCCAUUUCAGCAUCAUGAGUGGCAACACAAGGGGCCAGUUUUACAUCGACGCCCAAACGGGAAAAUUAGAUUUGGUGAGUCAGCUGGAUUACGAGAUGAAUAAGGAGUACACGCUUCGCAUUCGAGCGCAAGAUGGCGGACGCCCGCCGCUCUCCAUUAUCAGUGGCCUAGUCACAGUGCAAGUACUGGACGUUAACGACAACGCUCCGAUAUUCGUAAGCACUCCGUUCCAAGCUACAGUACUGGAGAACGUUCCAGUUGGAUAUUCCGUCAUUCAUAUUCAAGCCAUAGACGCCGAUGCGGGAGAUAAUUCCCGUUUGGAAUAUCGUCUCACCAGACCACGCCCAACUUCCCCGUUCACCAUCAACAACAGCACCGGCUGGAUUGUCGUAGCAUCGGAACUGGACAGAGAGAGCGUGGACUUCUAUAGCUUCGGAGUGGAGGCGCGAGACCACGGAGCGCCGGCUAUGUCCUCAUCGGCUAGCAUCAGCAUGACUAUUCUAGACGUCAACGACAACAACCCUGAGUUCACGCAAAAGGCCUACUACAUGCGCCUAAAACGAGGACGCGUCCAUAGGAACGGGUGUCGUGUCACCGUGUCCGCCGUCGAUCAGGAUAUUAACAGCGUUGUUACGUAUCGAUCAAGUGGGAAUACAAGAAACAGAUUUUCCAUCCCUAGCCAGAGCGGCGGAGGCCUGAUAACCCUCGCUCUAAAACCGCUGGACUACAAGCUGGAAAGACAGUACGUCCUCACUGUAACGGCGUCUGACGGGACACGCUUCGACACCGCUAAGGUUUAUGUCAACGUCACGGAUGCCAACACACACAGGCCGGUUUUCCAGAGUUCGCAUUACACGGUCAACAUUAACGAGGACCGGCCUGUCGGGACGACCGUAGUGAUGAUUAGCGCGACGGACGAGGACACGGGCGAGAACGCUCGAAUCACGUACUUCAUGGACGACAGCAUCCCGCAGUUUAACAUCGAUUCGGAUAGCGGCGCGGUAACCACGCAGAUGGAGCUGGACUACGAAGAUCAAGUUUCCUACACGCUCGCCAUCACGGCUCGAGACAACGGCAUCCCGCAGAAAUCCGACACUACCUACUUGGAGAUCCUAGUGAAUGAUGUUAACGACAACUCGCCCGUGUUCCUUCGCGACCGCUACUUGGGAUCAGUCAUGGAGGACAUUCCCACCUUCACCAGUGUCCUGCAGGUGUCCGCGACCGACCGAGACUCGGGCCUCAACGGACGCGUCUUCUACACGUUCCAAGGUGGGGAAGACGGCGACGGAGACUUCAUCAUCGAGUCUACAUCGGGGAUUGUACGAACCCUGCGACGUCUUGACCGAGAAAACACGCCUGUUUAUAAUCUCCAAGCCUUCGCGGUGGAUAAAGGUGUUCCUCCGCUCAAGACGCCGGUUGAUAUCCAGGUGACCGUUUUAGAUGUAAACGACAACCCGCCUGUGUUCGAGAAAGAUGAGUUUGAUAUCUUCGUGGAGGAGAACAGUCCCAUCGGGCUCGUGGUGGCCCACAUAUCUGCGUCAGACCCAGACGAAGGCAGCAAUGCGCAAAUCAUGUACCAGAUCGUCGAAGGCAACAUCCCUGAGGUCUUCCAACUGGACAUCUUCUCCGGCGAGCUCACCGCUCUGACCGACCUCGACUACGAGACGCGUUCGGAGUAUAUCAUCGUAGUUCAAGCCACGUCUGCGCCUCUGGUCAGCAGAGCCACGGUCCACAUCAAACUCAUCGACAGAAACGACAACGUCCCCGUCCUCAAGAACUUCCAGAUUAUAUUUAACAACUACGUAACCGAUAAGACCAACAGCUUUCCGUCGGGUGUGAUCGGCCGGAUCCCGGCUCACGACCCGGACAUCUCCGAUCAGCUCCACUACAGCUUCCAGGCCGGAAACGAGCUGAAUCUGGUGCUUCUGAACCAGAGCACCGGAGAGAUCCGACUCAGCCGAGCCCUGGACAACAACAGACCGCUGGAGGCGUCCAUGAAGAUCUCCGUCUCGGAUGGCGUUCACUCGGUGUCGGCUCAGUGUCUGCUGCAGGUCACCAUCAUCACGGACGAGAUGCUCUCCAACAGCAUCACGCUGCGAUUGGCCGACACGUCGCAGGAGCGCUUCCUCUCGCUCCUAUUGGCUCAGUUCCUGGAGGGCGUGGCCCGCGUUCUCUCAGCGUCCCGUGAGGAUGUGGUGGUCUUCAACAUCCAGGACGACACGGACGUCAGCGCCGGCAUCCUGAACGUCAGCCUGUCGGUGGCGGCCCCGGGUCACGGGGUCAGCGGCGGAGGUCAGGUGGAGUUCUUGGGCUCGGAGGAGCUGCAGGAGCGUCUGUAUCUGAACCGCAGCCUGCUGGCACAGAUCUCCUCACAGGAGGUGCUCCCGUUCGACGAGCGACACAUCUGCCUGCGCGAGCCGUGUGAGAACUACAUGAAGUGCGGUGUCCGCCCUGCGCUGCCGCUGGUCCCCUCGAAGGAAGGCUUCAGCGACGGGAGAAAGGGUGGCCUACAUUUGCGCGAGACGGAGAUCGAUCUGUGUCAUUACUCCAAACCCUGCGGCGCUCACGGCGUCUGCCACAGCCACGAGGGCGGCUUCACCUGCCAGUGUCUCCACGACCACACAGGACCUUCACAACCCUUCAAGGUGCCCCCUACGGCCAUACCAGCGCUUUCCCACCUGUUUUCCUCUCCCACGCUCUAA